UGAACAUUUGCACUUCUGCAGGUUGUGAUUGAUGUGCGUAAUACAUAUGAAACUCGAAUUGGGAAGUUUAAGGGAGCAGUUGAUCCAUGCACCACAGCUUUCAGAGAGUUCCCAUCAUGGGUUGAUUCUCAGUUCCAAUUAGCUGAAUAUGGCCAACCAUCAAAUGCAGAGGUUAAUGAUUCAAAUGAAGAGAGAAAAAUUCCUCAACGGGUAGCAAUGUACUGUACUGGUGGCAUUCGCUGUGAGAAAGCUUCAAGUUUUCUUCUGAGCAAAGGUUUCAAGGAGGUUUAUCAUUUAGAAGGUGGCAUUUUGAAAUAUCUAGAGGAAGUUCCCAAGACAGAGAGCCUAUGGGAGGGAGAGUGCUUUGUGUUUGACAAGCGCGUCUCUGUUGAGCACGGGUUGAUGCAGGGAACCUUCAAGCUUUGUUAUGGGUGCAAGCAACCAGUCAGUGAUGCAGACAUGGAAGCUCUGGAAUGGGAAUAUGGAGUUUCUUGUCCAUACUGUUUCUCAACAAAGUCCGAAGAAGAGAAGGAGAGGGCAAGAGCUCGGCAGAGGCAAUUUAAGACAUGGGGAAUAAUUGGUGGUCCUGACAAGGGUCGUCGGCCAAUGACACCGACACCUGAAAAAUCGUUGUAGGAGAAAAGAUUCUGAACUUUCCAUAUCAAGAUUGAAAGGCAAAAUGAGUCUUGUGUUAGACGGUAUUUUAUUGUUUUCCUUUCCUCAGCCAGCGAUCGGUCAUCAAGAUUGAAAGGGAAAAUGAGUCUUGUGUCAGACGGUAUUUUAUUAUUUUCCUUUCCUCAGCCAGCGAUCGGUCUUAAUGUAUAUUAUUAGAUUUAGAAAUUGAGAUCAACUUUAUUAUACAAUGAUUCUCCAGCUUGGACAACACUUUGGUUUUUGAAUUUGUACAAGUCCGUGACCUUUUUCUGUUUUGAUUAGCGGUUUGUGCUAAUGUUGUAGCAUCCGUUUUUUCGAUGGAAGUGUCUAACCCAGAUUCUAGA